AUGUUUCCAACAUACGAUUACUCUGAAAUCAGAUAUAGAGAAAAGUUAGAUCCUAACCAUAAAGAUAAAGGUGAUUAGGAGGAAGAAGAAGAUGAACAAAAAAAAGAUGGGGAAAAGGGAUAGUAAACUAAAAAAUUUACAAGUGAAAAAGAUGAAGAAGAAAAUCAAGCAAAGCAAAAGCUUGAAAGAAGAAAACAGGAAAUAAAAAUGAUUGUUGAUUACAUGAGAUUUAUGCAAAAUAAUAUUGCAGAUAGAAAAACUUAAAAUUAUGUUUUUUAAGUUGAAGAAAAAGUAUUAGUUGAUGACUUUUUGAACAAGCAUGAGUUCGAAGAAAUGCAGAGAAGUUAUAAUGAUUUUAAUUUAGGAGAUUUGGUUCUUAUAUUCUUUAAUCCUGAUAGAGAAGAUAAAGAAAAAUGCUUUGGUAAGACACCCUACAUAAAAUUUGUUGAAGCAGAAAGCGUUUAUGACAAUUUUUUAAAAGUACUUUCUGAAAAUGGUUAUUCAUCUGCCCAGCUUAUUUAAGAAAGAAAGGCGUUUUUAUACUCAUUUUUAAUGCUAGAUGAUUAUAUAGAAAAAGUUGAUCCUCAGAAACAAAAGUAAAAAGAAUAGGAAAUGGAAAUGAAGAGGAAAUAAUAAAUUUAACAGAUGGAAUUAGUGAAAGAAAAGAAUCGUAAAAAAUAAAAAAAUAAUUUAAAUCCUUAAAAUGAAGAGAAUAUUAAUAUUAAUGAUGAAGAAAAGUAGAUUGGAAAUAAGAAAGAAAAAAAGAGAGAUAAAACAAAAUGGGAUCUCUACUUAGAAGAAUUUUCAAAGCUUAAAUUAGCUAGACUAAGCUAAGAAGGUGAAUUCAAUGGAUUUAAUCUUAUUGAAGAAUAAUACUUAACUGAUCUCUUAAUGGAAGUUCCAUUAAAUGAAAAAAUUUAAUUUAAAGAUGUAAAAAAAAAGCUGUAUGGAGGUGGGUUUUUAACAAAAUAUUCAGAUGAUCCACUCUAUUAAACUGAAUGGCUUUGCAGCAAUGAUUAACCUAGGGAUUUUUUAACACUUGUUAGAUUUACAAUCUAAUCUAAGCUUACUAGGAAUGUAAAUUUUCACACUAGAUGCUUUAUUUCUGAGUUUGGUGAAGACAUUUUUAUGGUGUUGAAAGGAAACGAAAAAGACUUUGAUAAAGAAGCAAAAGAAUCUCGUAUCACUAAAUAAUUAGAAUUAGGAUACUCUGACCUUUUUAGUUUAGAGCCUUGUGAUAUUAGAUAUCGUCCUUUAAGACUUAAGAAGUAAAUAUAGAGCUGUGUUAAUGAAAUUAUGAAAGACAAACAUUUUACAAAUAAAGAUGAAGAGCCAACAUUUAAGAAAGCCCAAACAUUAAGAAAUUUUCGUAGAAUUGAAGAUAGAACAAAAAUGCUCUUUGAUGUUGUGAAAAAGUGGAAUAACGAUUUAUUUUGGACUAAUUUGGCACUAAAGUAAAUUAAGGUUAACAAAUUUAUGGAUGACUUGUCUGAAAAGCUAAAUAUUAACAGAGAUAACGAAAAGGCUGAAAUAUUAGAUGACGAUGAUGAAAAUACUUCAAGGGAGGAAUGGGAAGCUUAUUAUGUUUAUCUAGAUUAUCUGAUGUAUUUCUAAAAGAAAAUGUUAGAGCUGCACAAUAUUGCAAAAAAUGAUUAAAAAGAAAAGUUACUCAGAAAGUUUGAUUUAAUUACUUAAAAUGAAGCAUUUCUUUAUAAGUUAAUUUUUCGUAAAGCUCUUGGUGAUACUAAUGAAGUUUUUCACUUGAUUAAUGGAUCUCUCAGUAAAACAAAGGUCUUGCAAAACAUAUGGGAUAGGUUAGAUACUCGUCCAAUUUCUGCAUUUGUUGACUACUUUGAGACAACUAAUGAAAAAGGUUAAUUUAUAUGGAGAAGAUAUGAAGUAAACGAGAAAAAAAACAGAUCUAAGUAUUUGAAUAUGGAAAGAAUAAAGCUUACUUAUUCAAUGGUAGUAAAUUAAAUAAAUUUAGAAGGUUUAUCAAAAAGCAAAUUGUAUUUAAGGACAUUUAUGGCCAUUCAUGAUCCUUAUUAGCUUAAAGGUAAUGAGAAAGCUCCUAUGUUUAAAAAACUUAUCUAGGCAAAUAUUGUUGACGAUGAUGUAGUAACAGAAACAGAAAAAGAAUUAAGAAAGUUUUUUAAAUUAUUGGAAGAUGAGGCUGAAGGAGCUGAUUUUGAUGCUGAUAGUGUAGCUGAAGAAAAUGAGUUAGAUAUCAAAAAGCCUUGGGUUGUGCAAAUUGAUUCUUUAAGAGAUUAUUUUGGUGAAAAGUUGGCGCUCUAUUUUAAGUUUGUCUAAUUUUUUACUUUCCAUUUAUCAUAUCUAGCCUUUAUAGGAAUAAUCAUAUAUAUUCUAAAAGUUAUUAUCAUUAGUGAUAUUGUUGAGUUUUAUCUAAACACACUUUUUGCUUGCUUUAUAAUUCUUUGGUCUACACUUUUUGUUGAGUUCUGGAAGCGCUAAUAAAUUUUAUUUACUAUUGAAUUUGGUUAACAAAAAUUUGAAGAAGAUGAGGCUGAAAGACCUGAAUUUAUUGGUGUUUACUAAAGAUCAAUAGUAAAUGAUAAAAUAAAUGAAAAGUACUUCUCACCUGUAAAAAGAAGAAUGAUUAUGCUUGCAGGCAUGGUUGGAAGUUUUUUUAUCAUAUUUUUGGUCGUACUGACUAUGUAUAACAUAUUUAAUCUGAGAUAAGAGUGGACAACAAAUCCUCCAGCGUUUAUAGGUUCAAAUGCAAUCUUAGCAACUAACGUUAUGAAUUCACUUUAGAUUGUUAUUUUUACCUAAAUUUAUAAUGUCUUUGCUAACUUUUUGAAUAAAAUCGAAAAUCAUAAAAUUUUAUCUUCAUAUGAAAACUCUUAUAUUGCGAAGCUAUUUUUGUUUUAAUUUUUCAAUACCUUCAACUCGCUUAUUUUGAUCUCAUUUUUUAACAGCAUUCCUCCAUUUAGCAGUCUAAAUUUAUGUGCUUCUUAAGUAGUAUAAACUUAGGUGGUUAAUGGAAAAACAGUGAAAACAACAGUUCCUGGUGAAAUAAAUUGCUUUAAUGUUCUGUAGGCGAAUAUUAUUACCAUCUUCUUAACUAUGAUCAUAAAAACGGUACUUGAAGUAGUCAUACCUUUUGCUACAUAAAAUGCUAUGAAGUUACUUAAAAAAAAGUUGUUAUCUAGAGGUGAAAUACAUCCCUUUACCAGAAUUGAUAAAGAAAUAGAGGAUUAGUCACUUUUGAAUCCAUAUAUAACUAACGAUGAUCUGGAUGGAACUGUACAAGAUUAUUUACAACUGAUUGUUAAAUUUAGUUUCUUAACAUUGUUUGGUCUUUCAUUUCCUCCUACAUUUGCUAUAGCAUUUGGAAACAACAUUAUCUAGUUGCAAGUUGAUAAAAUAAAACUAAUUUACUUAUAUUAAAGGCCUAUACCAAAGGGUGCUUCAAACAUUGGUACUUGGCUAGUCAUUCUCGAAGCAAUUAGUUUCAUUUCGACUUUUGGUAAUGCAGGUCUUAUAAUUUAUACUUCAAAAUAUAGAGACUACUUGACAGGAAAUGAGCCUUUAAUAUCUUUCGUUUCUCUUCUUAUUUUAUUUUUAAGUAUAAAAUAUUUUAUCAGCUUAUUAGUUCCCGAUGUGCCAGAAAAAGCUCUAAUUAUUAAUAAAAGAAAUUAAGUGGCUGUUGAAAGAAUUAUCAAAGGUUUCAAAAAGGAUAACUCUGGAUAAGUAACUGUUAGUAAUGUUAACUUUAACAUUUAAAAUGUUAAAUAAAAGAAAGCUGAUUGA